AUCAGUUACGAUUAAGAUAUGGUGUCGACAGAAGUCCUGGUUAUCCUUGUAAUAGUUUUAGGGUGCACUUCCCCCACCCAGGGAAGGGCGGCAUCAUCCCUAGACGAGGCAGAUGCCGAUUUCUGGAAUACCAUGGCUCAGAAUGACCUGAAAGAUGCCUUAAAAAUGAAACCAAAUUUAAACGUAGCAAAAAACGUGAUCCUGUUUCUGGGUGAUGGGAUGGGCGUUUCCACAGUGACGGCGGGUAGGAUUCUCAAAGGUCAGGUCAACGGUGAAAGAGGUGAAGAAGAGAGUUUGACCUUUGACACUUUUCCGUAUUCGGCAUUGAUCAAGACAUAUAAUGUGAACCAGCAAACCCCAGACUCUGCGGGGACCGCCACAGCCUUCUUAGGUGGGGUCAAGACCAACGCCGGUGUGGUAGGAUUUACCUCCCGUGUUACCCGAGGCAACUGUUCCCUGUCAACGGAAGAGAACAAGGUGGACUCCAUACUGGACUGGUCUUUACGUGAAGGCAAGUCUGUGGGUUUGGUCACGACAGCUCGGAUAACACACGCCACCCCGGCCGCAGCGUACGCUCACAGCGCUGAACGUAACUGGGAGAGCGACGUUCAUUUGUCUAACGUUACCGAGGGAUGCAAAGACAUCGCUGAUCAGCUCAUCACGGACAACCGUGACAUUCAGGUUUUGUUUGGAGGUGGAAGAAGGGCAUUCGUUCCGCUAGGCAGUGUCGCCCCAGAAGACACCAAAAACAACAGAAAAGAUGGUCGAAAUCUGAUAGCUGAGUGGACUGAGGACAAAAUAAGUCGUGGUAAAAGCCAUGUAGUUGUUAAUAACACCCAACACCUGAAAGAAGUGGACCCAAAUGCAGUGGAUUACGUCCUAGGGCUGUUCAGCAAUAGCCACAUGGACUAUGAAGUCAGCCGAGAUAAAUCUCCCACUGGACAACCUUCACUGGCCGAAAUGACUGAAUUGGCAAUAAAGGUGCUGCAAAAAAACGAAAAAGGAUUCUUCUUGCUUGUGGAAGGAGGGCGGAUUGAUCAUGGCCAUCACGCAAGCAGAGCUGCAGCGGCCUUACACGAGGUGCUUACAUUUGACGCUGCCAUAGAGACCGCCCUGGGAUUGACCAAUCCCGAGGACACUCUUAUAGUCUCCACGGCAGAUCACUCGCACGUGUUUGUGAUUGGUGGAUACCAGGAACGUGGCAACAAUAUUUUGGGUUUGGUGAAUGAAAAUCUUAGCGAAACCACUGACGGGAAACCGAUGACGACCUUGCUAUAUGGGAAUGGUCCUGGCUAUUCCGUCCCUCGUCCCGAUCUCACAGGUGUCGACACAACCGACAAGGACUACAAACAACAGAGUGCAGUUGGCAAGUCGUCGGAGACUCACGGCGGAGAGGAUGUCUCAGUUCACGCGAUUGGUCCAAUGUCACACCUCUUCCACGGUGUUCGUGAACAGAACUUCAUUGCGCAUGUGAUGGCGUAUGCUUCCUGUGUCGGUCAAAACAAGGAUCACUGCAAUUCCGGAAAUCAGUUGUCAAGUGUCUGCGUUUCCUUCUUUCCACUCAUAUUAACGAUUUUGCAGCGUUGGUUUUGAUAAUGCUUUUUAUAGUGGAAUAACUAAAGUGUAGCUAUUUUCUCUUAGCCGGUGGCUGAAAACAAAAUCUAAGAUAUUGUAAUAACAAAAUGAUGAAGGUGAGGAGAAGACUGAAGAUCAAAUUGAAAACAGAGAAGAACUUGUUUGUAUCUCCUUUAUAAUACACCGGAAACGUUUAUGAUAUGUAACGAGGGGGGGUAACUCUGAAGGCGAUGCAAGGAAAAAUGUUCGAUUGUUUCAUUUUUUUUCUACCAGGAAACGCUUGCAUGUGACCUCCGUAGCUUCAUGUGGUCUUAGCUAUAUAUCAUAGUAUUUUUCUGGAUUCACCACUGGAAAUGCUACGAAAAGUGCAUAAAUCUCUAUAAUACAAUGCCUUAUAUAAGCAUGUUGCACACAUAAACCCACGAGUCUUUUACAGAAAGACCAUGAGUGUGGGCCUUGUAUGUACAUGUAUUUUCCUUUCAACGUUUCCUUUGAACUAUGAAUUUUUUGUGUCUUAAUGGUUGCGUUAUCUAGCGUUACACCCAGAUAUUUCAAUUGUAUCACUGAAAGACGGCGUGUCUUACAGGACGUGGGUCCGAGUUUGAAGUUUGCAUCUUAGCAACAUUUCUCCUUGAAUAAAUUUGUCGGUCGUUAAUAACCAUU